AUGGCCUCCAGCACUGGAAAUCACCCAACCCAAGAGGGAUCUUCUGGUUCUAACCAGAAUGAUAACUCGGACCAUCUGGUCGCUGCUGCUACCCAAUUCUUUCAAUCAAUGGUUAGCAGCCAAUUUAUGGCACCUAGAGCUCCACAAGCCGGUUGUACCUUGGAGCAAUUUUCUCGUCAGCAUCCUCCUACGUUCGAUGGCAGAUUGAAUUCCAUGGAUGCGGAAAGCUGGAUUGAAAGUAUGGAGCAGAUUUUUGAAGUGCUCUACUGCAUGGAUGAUCAAAAGGUCAAAUAUGCCGCUUACCACUUGACUGAUAUGGCAAACAAGUGGUGGAAGUCAACUCGGGCUUUGGUUCAGCUGGAACUAGGGGAAGCAAUCCCCAUUACUUGGGAACAUUUCAAGAAAAUCUUUUUGGACCACUUCUUUCCGCGAACUCUUCAGGAGUCGAGAGCUCGCCAGUUUAUGGAUCUUACUCAAGGAUCUAUGACGGUAGCACAGUAUGCUAAGACGUUCAUGGAGCUUUCUCGUUUUGCUAUUUACUUAAUUCCGGAUGAGGAAAAGAAGGCUGAAAAAUUUGAGCGUGGACUGGAUCGUAGGAUUCGAGAACGUGUCCGUACUCUCAGGAUUCGGAGUUUCACAGAGCUAGUCACCCGAGCUACCAUUGCUGAAGAAGACCUCCAAGAGAACAUCGAGUACAACAACCAAAGGAAGCGCCAGCAACAGCAACAACCCCAAGCAGUGUCACAUAAGGACAAGAGGCCUCACAUCAUGAAUCGUCAAGGUCAACCACCAGCAGGGCAAACUUACCCCACGUGUGCAACAUGUGGGAAACGACAUUUGGGAAGGUGCAUGUUUGGCUAG